CGCACUUGACGGAACGUACAGCCACAGAUCGCGGCGGCUCCACGCGUGGACUGAACCGAAAAUGACCUUCCCGCGCUGAUUUUUACGCACAGCUCUGUGAUUGGAUUCGUAUUGAUCCGCUUAGAUGACAGGAGAUCAACCCGGCCAACGCGUCUGAGCGCGCAGAGACUUUACGCAUCCCGGAGCGCAGCGGGACAGUCGAGCUGCUGCGUCUUUACCUGCUGCGGCUUUUCGGGGAGGAUUUCUGGGCGUGGAGGCGGUUUCUGAAAGACUAUCGGCAGCAGAGUUUGGAGCUGCCUCAGUCGGUCUGACAGAGGCUCACUGGUGCCAUGGAGAGCUGAGGCAGGCACGCCGCCCCAUGUGUGUCCAUCCGCACACCGGAGAGCUGCAGACAUCGCUGUCGUGUGUGUGCUGCGUUUGAAGCACCGUGGGAAAGCCGGACAGCAUGGUCCAACCGUCGCUGUGCUUCCUGGGGGGCCUUUUGGGCCUUUUUCUAAUGGCUCCUGUUCUGAUGGCUUCCACGCCCGCCAGCAUGUGCACGCCCCUCAAGACGCUCAACGACAGCCUGAGCCACAGGCGACGGUACAUGAAGCACAACUUUCCCAUCAACUACGCCAUCCGAGUUCAUCACGAGGAAAUCUUUAAGCUGUCGAAUAUCAGCAAAAUGAAAUUAAAGGUGGAAGGACUGGAUGAGCUGAUUCUCCAGAGGCUGUGGUUUCAAGUCAACCAAGGCGUCUUAAAAAAGAUCAUCCGGGUAUUGCCGGAGAGGCAUCCUUCGCGUCCGUACACAGCGGAGUUGGAGAGACGGUUCAGGGAUGCUGAGGGAGUCUUUGUUCAGUCGCAUCCUGCUGAGGUGUUCCAGCAGGAGCUUCCACAGUCGAUCCAAGACAUUUGGGAUCAGUUAACGGAGGAGCCCGACAGGGUGCCGGAGUCCAGCUGGAGGCUCGCGUCUCCAAAAUCCCUGGUGGAUAACUUGUGCCACACCAUGUGCUGCCUUUUCUGGGAGUGCUUUUCCAGCACAGAAUCUUCUCAGGACUACUGUGAAGUCUCCCAUUCAAAGAAGGGCAGAAAAACGCAGAGCCCAGAACUGGAGACGGCGCCCACGGAGCCUGCAGAGUGGUGACUUCCACGUUGAUGCCGCCCAGAGACUCCAGUGAUUCACAGUAAAACCCAUUUCAACAAGUCAUUUCCAAAAAGAGCCAAGAUCAUUGUACAGACUGAAAACCUUGGCACCAUGCAGCGGUGAGGCCCGACAGAACAUGUUGGCAUAGAGACGCCACCUGUGCUUCAUUUGGCAGCGUACAGACUUUCCGAGUGGCUGAAAUGCGGCUCGGCUUUGAGAGGAACCUUCAGGAUUUCAGCUGGGAUGCCGGAUCUUUUCCUUGAGGACGUCUCCUGCUUCUGGUAACUCAUCCGUCAGAUGCAUUUAUGUUUUCAUAUGUUAAUAACGAUGAUGAAUGCAUUGUUUUCUGAGACGGAUUCUUUGGGAAUAACUUCUCAGCGAGAGGCUAACAGAAAGAGACAGACUUUGUACCACAGCCAAACAUCCCGAUAUGUCAUGUUAUUUAAAAACAAAUGUUUUACAGCUGUGCUACAGGCCCGGAUUGCAUAAUCAAAGAGCUGUCCAAAAACGUAUGUUCAUUUUCAUUCGCUGCUUCCUGUAUUUAUGUUUUUAUUUUUUUAAAUCUGUGCAGAAAAAAACAAAAACAAAGGAAGAACAACGAACUUGGAUCAACUGACAGCAUAUUUAUCUUUCUUUUUACCGAAGUUCUGUGUUCAGCAUAAAUCUGUUUCAGUUUGUUUUUACCAAGUACGCUGUGAUUUCAAAGGCAAGUUUGUGGAAAACGAUUAUGCAAGACGUAUAAUUGGCGCCCGAGUUUUGUUUGAGGUUCCUGAGUUUUGAAAGGAAUUUGGAGAGAAACCAAACUGGUGCCUUCGCAAAACAUGACAAGGAUCGAGUUUGGUCUCGAUGCAAAAAUUUCAAAUGUUAAUAAAAAAGACGUCAGAGUUCACUAAAGUCUUCGGCUGAAGUUUCAGGAUGUGACAGGAAACAGCACAAUGCCACAAGAAUUAGGUGUGUAAUUACAUUGAUUCUACGAUAUUUAUUGAUAUUUUGAUACGUUAAACCAUAGGAAUCCAUAGACUUGUACCGUCUUUUCAACAUGUCUGGUUUGUGACAGGUAGCAUCAAGACUCUGCCUUCCCCAGUCUCAUUUUCAGCUUGUGCUCAAAGUGCACAUUAUAAACUACACACCAGUUUUUAAAUUGUGUUAAUAGCCCAAGUAAAACCGGAGUUAUGAUCAAAUCAGUAAACCAUUUCAGAGAAAUGCCAAAAACGGGUUUUCCAGGUAUGUGAAAGGGAAUGACCUUCCAAACGUAAAAAACGAAACGUUAACCUUUGUUUUUGGAAAUCUCUAAUCUUCAACAAGUAAUUAUGGGCUGUAUGUUGUUGCUAAAAACGAAGUGAAGUCCGCUUCUCUGUCCGUUCCGGAAGAGAAGCGGAACGGAGCAGUGGCAAAAGCAAUGAGAUCACGAAAUUAAUGCAAAGUCUGGAUGUCGGAGCGACUGGUGGCAUCCGCUUCACAAUGAGCUUUUAGCUUAGCGGUUUGUGUUCUGUAUAUCAAGGACACCUGCAGAAUGAACGCGCAGCAUGCAGUGGUUCUGUUUUGAGCUGGAAAACGAAGAGGGGAACCUCCAGCCGCAGUCUGGAUUAUCAUGAUGAUGGAUCGAUCAUUCUUAUUAGAAACUGAGAAAAAGUAUCAGAGACUGAAAGUAUGAUGAGAUCCUGGCAGUCUGAGACCUGAGUGAAGUUGCCCCCCGACCUUUUUCAACUCAGACAGAAUUGGAAUCAAAUGUUCGUGCUACGUUUGUGCAGCAAACAUUUUUGUUUGUUCUGCUAUCAUGUUAAAGAUAUAAGGAAAAGUUUAUAAAGGUCAAAGGUCAACCAGCUUCCCACAUCCCACCUCCUUCAAUUCAAACAAAAUGGAUGUCAAUUAACUCGACUACGUUGGUGCUGGUUUGUGCCGCAGACUCAGCUGCACAAACUCAGCUCCCAGAUUAAUGUUGAGACUUUAAACUUUAUGUCAAGUCCAUAUGAAUUAAAUGACAGAAACUAUUUUUCUCACUGCAUCUUUGAUUCAUUUUGUCCAGCUGUAGAUUGUUAGACCCUGUCCAAUCAGAGCCACGUAUUGUGCAGUUGGUGCUUUUAAUCAGUUUUCAGUUAAUUAAAUCCAAGUCUACGGAACACAAAACGUCACUAAAAUCACUCUAUCUUUCCAAAAUCUUUCAGAAAAUUGUAAAAGUGCAUCAAAUCGUAUUGUUGGUCAAAUAUUGUGAUACAUAAUGUAUUGUGAUCAGAAUAUUGUAUGUCAUAUUGUGAAAUUAUUGUAUCCCCUGAUAGAAAUAGAGCUAUCAGCAAGUAAAGUGACAGAUGUUUCAAUGCAGUGACCUGCAGAAAGGCUUUGGUUCCUGAGCCAUAAAUUAUCCAGGACUAAUUGAUUUGCUCUCAACGUCUCAGAAUCGGACGCCACAGGGAACAUGUUUGUCACAAAUGCAAGUCAAAUGUGUGAAAACUGUCUAACUGCCUUUGAAGACAUAAAAAAAACAAACUUAAACUGUCAUGAUGCUGAGAUUCAAAUAACUGAAUUGCAAAAGGUGUUUAAUAGGAUUAUUUUUUUUACACAUGUUGGACUGUGUGAGGAUAAAAUCGUCACUUUAAUAUUUCUGUGUAGAACAUUUGCAGAAAAAGAAUGUUUUUUUUUUUCUUAAAUCCAAAAUAUUUUGGGCAGUUUUGCUUUAAUUACUGCUCUGAAUGUGUUCUUUAACCAAAAUUGCCUUUUUUGAGCCAGUAUGCUCCAAACAUGGUUUAUUCAAUUACUAAGUUACUUGAUAAUUAAUCAAUUGAUCGUUUCGACCCAAAAGUAUCAGUGGAUUCUUAAAGUUUUGACCGUGAAGUUUUCAUAUAUCCUGGUUGUUGUUUAGAUCUUUAUGUCUGCAGACUCUCCCGUGACUCCUGUAGAGGUUGAGAGUACGAAAGACGCUCCCAUCAUGCAUGUGAAAGCUGUCACUUUCAGCAAUAAAGCUAGAACCGAUAGUUUUGCCACAGCGAUUUAUUACAUAAAGUCAGGACACACUCCAACAAAUUGUAAUGACUGGACUUCUUCUAAGGCAAAAACUGAAACUUUUCAGGAUUAAAACCCCAAAUUCAGAAUUUAGUGAUCAUUUCACAGCGUUUACACUAUAAAACUGAUUUAUAAUGUCUUCAGAAUGUUUUUCAAAUUCACAGAUAUUAAAUGGAUGUGCAUCAAAGGAACGUGAAAGUAGAAGCAGCAGCACCUUGAUUUGUUAAUGAUCCACAGGGAUUACAGAUUCACUUUGGAUGAAGGAUUUACUGUUAAAUCACACGUCCCACUUUGGAAGACCGUCCAGCAUCAGGUGAUGCUAAUCCAGCCAUUUACGCCGUCCUCAGUCAUAAUCUCUGUUGUCUCUUCUGUCUUUUUGAGAUUCACUGCAACUUAGUAGAGAAAUAUUAGUCUAGUUUCUAGUGUAAAUAUCUUUGAAUUAAGACAAAACUUUUUAGCAAGUUAUAGAGCUUGUUUUAAGUCAAUUAUUCUUUAAUAUUGAUGAAAAAGUUUUUGUUCCACUGGCAGAUUAAUUUAUAACACAUGAGAAAACCAUAACCUGCCUAUGGAACCAGUACUUUUUCAUCUAUAUUAAAGAAUUAUUGACUUAAUCUUAAUGAGAAGUUACUGAAAAGUUAGUUUUAUCUAAUUUCAAGUAUACUUAGAUAUUUGCACCAGAAACUAGACCAAGAAUAUUUGGUGAGAUUUUGUUUUUCCAAUGUAGAACCACAAGCACAAAUACAGCUCUUGAAAAAUAUUUAUCAACUUGCUUUGUCAGGACAUAAGUCACAUAACGAAGUGUGAUUUCUCAGAGUAACUGCAUUUAAUGACAAUUUCAGAUUUAUUGAUAAUUAUUAAUGCUCUCAUUGGACAAAUAGUGGAGAAAAUACUGAAAAGUAGUGCCGAGCCAACCCGCUGAUAUACGUUAUGACUUAAUGUGCACAGACAGCAGUGGUGGGGUUGGUGCAAAAGGUUAAUCUGUACAAGGAAGCAGUAAAUUUGUAACAUCUGGGCUGAGAAAGCUGGGCAGUCUGGUUUUGGCAGGACUGAUUUGACAACAUAAAGAGCUGAGAAUAAAUACAUAAUGGUUUCCAAUCCAACUGUACAUCUCUGUGGUGUUUUACUUAAUCGCUCCGGAGCACAAUAAACCCAGUGAACGCGUGGAUCAGAUAGUAAUCUUUGAUUUUGACUCUCCAGCCGUUGACAGGGAACAAUUUGAAGGAAAUCCAGAACACUCAUGGCAUUCCUGAACGCCUAUAGCACGAUAAAUUUGGUAUAAACAAAGUUCGCUCAUCAUGGUUGGUUUUCUGCUUACCGACGUACUAAAACAGUCCAGGCUUCUGUCCACCUGUCAAGCAUGAAUGUCAUUAAUUUUGAGGCUUUUAAUUUAUUUAUUUUCAUAUUUUAAUGUAUUGAGCCUUUGUACUUUCGUCACAAAUCAUUCAGGCGCCAUGAUGCACGUCGGAAGUGAGGGAUGGGAGCAUUGAGCAGAGCAACUAAAAUGGUUUUCCAAAGUUGUUUUUGCCGGUUUACUGGAGAGCGUGACGUCACAUGCAAAAGGUCAAUAUUAGCAAUGAUUUUUAAAACCAAGAACUUUAGACUUGGUGCACAAGUCUAAAUUCAAUGUGUAUUUUUCUCAUUUUGGAUAUUUUUUUCAUAUUUGUGAUGUAUAAUGAAUUCAGCCUGCAAAAAGAAAUGCAUAAAAACAUCUUUAAAAGAACAAAAUGAUAUUAACGUCCAUGUGAACCACAUCAUGUGCAAUAAAACAAACCCACUCCAUAACAGAGUCACCACCGUGUUACACAGGUGAUUUUUUUCUUGGUUUUAUCUCAGCCUAUACCUCAAACUCAUCUUCUUUUGCUUGUUUUCAGCUGUCGUUGUGUAGCACAAUAAUCAACUACAAAUUAAAAAAAUUAUAAUUUACAUUAGAUAAAAAUCUUUUCUUGGGUUAUAUUUGCAGAAAUGUAAUGCAAGACAGAAGUAAUUUCAGGAUGCUUUGUAAUAAAUAAAUGAUUUGGUUUUUAUCAUCUUUAAUUUUAUUAUUCUGCACUUUCUUCACAACAUUUCAAAAAUGACCUGAGAGUCCUGUUUCUCUGUUUCGGUUUAUUCCAAAUAAAUAAUUUAUUUUACUAAAAUCUAAAGCAAAUACAGAAACACUCGGACAUCACACACCUACUGAUUAAAACGGUUUUAUUCCAUGUUAAGCACUCUAAAGGCAAUGUUUGUCCACAUGUGAAGGAGAAAUUGGUGAUUUUCAAGGAGCGGGCGUGACGAGAACGGCCACCAGAGGGCAAAUGUCCAUGGUUACAGGCGGUAACAGGAGCAUCCAACGGUGAUUGUUGCCGCUUCUGAUUGCUCAUCUUUGACCUCUAAUGUACAUUUUAGACAUCAGCUCCAUGUAAAUCAUCCCCAUCCAGAUUGUCUUCUGCAUGUGAGCCACUAUCACAGAGGAUUCGUUUGAACAACUAAAGUUUGUAUUUAUGUUUUGUCUGCAGCAGAUUCAGAUUUUAGUUUCACCCUUGUACCACCGGGAGUCUAAACUCUUAAACCAUGUUGUCUUUGGAUGUCUUGCAGUGGCACAGACUUUAACUUAAGACACGUGGUUCAUUUCCUGUAACUCCCGACAAGCUGGUUUGCUUGGUUUGUUAUUUCUAACAGUUUGAAGCAGAGCUGGUUUCUAAAGGACCCACAAACUAUCCCCAGCUUUAAAAAAGAAAACAAAGUCCUGCACACACACACACACACACACACACACACACACACACACACACACACACACACACACACACACACACACACACACACACACACACACACACACACACACACACACACACAUACAAACCAGUUCAUGUUGCAAGACAGCAGUCAGGAAUACUAUUUACUCAUGCAUGUUGGAUUAAAGAGAUGGAGCUCAGUAGAAAUGUUUAUUGCAGAAUUUAAGUUAUUGAACCACCUUGCUAGCUUCACGUUUCUCAUUGAGUUUGGUUUCAAUCUUUAUCUGUGACAUGGUUCUGUUUGCACAAGUUACGACUUCAGUCUGCAUUUAGUCUUGACGUGUAACUAAAUUCAGGUCCAAUUUUAAGCUGGUUCACAUAUGCAACAAGACAUAUACAGCAAUGUGCACAAAAAACAAUGUUUGUAUCUUCUUUCUAAAUAAAACUGAGUGCUUUUUUCUCGUGCUUCAGAAACCAGAUGUAAGUGCUUUUACUUGUGUAAUUACAAGAGCAGCUUGAUUCAGAUAUAACAGAGAAAAAACCUGCAAAAACAUGAACGUUUGCGGUCUCACAGAUUAUUGUUUUAUACAUAAGAUAUUGAAUUUUUGUUGUUGUUUUUGGAAGUGUGUAACGCUCUGACAGUACUUUUAUGAAAAUAAAUCAAUAUUUUUAUCAACUAA